GAGUAAACUAUUCCUUUCAAAUGCCAUUUCGUGUCGUCUUUAAUAAGAAAUGACGCAAAUGAAUGUUGUGAUGGUACUGUAGAUACCAGGUAGUUUACAGCAUGUCACUUUGCUCACCUGUGUUUUCCAGCUGGUUCUUUGAAGUAUUAGGUUACCCCAAAGCCUCCAAGCCCAACAUGGCUAACGGGGUACUGAUGGCGGCCGUGUUUUUCCUGGUGCGGAUCGCCGUCAUGCCGGUAUACUACAGUCGAAUGUGCUCAGUGUACGGCACAGAGGCCUUCUACAAGGUCUCCUUCGGCGGCCGUAGCGCUUGGAUCUUCUCCAGCAUCUGCCUGGACAUCAUGAACGUCAUGUGGAUGCAUAAAAUCGCUCGCGGCUGCUACAAAGUCCUGCGUUCCAGCCGGAGAUCCAAACCUGAGAGCCAGGAGAACGGAAAAACCGAUUGAGCGAAAAAGAAAGGACAUUCGAAUUUUACACCAUUUGCUCACAGACAGGGUCGUUGUCUUAUUGACGGUCUUCAUGGGACACUAUGGUGUGAUAGUGACCGGUAAAGACUUUGAAAACCACCCCCAGAGCAAUAUUUAACAGAGUUAAGACCUGAAACUCUGACAAAAUGUCAAAUUGAGAUCUAGUACACCAGAAAAGACUGGCCACCCACUUUUAUUUUGUGUUUGUUUUGAAACUGUACACCAAAAAGUGCAAACGAUGCACUGUUCGAGUUCACCGGCUGAACUGUCUUUUAACCAUGUUUGGUUUUAAUUUUAAACUGUGGGCAGGUAAACCACAUUGUUUAUUCAUCAAAAUUCAGUCCCUCACUCUCAAUCACUGUACUGUGCAAAGGGGCCAAGUGGUCAGUCACCUGAUGUUCACGUUUACUUCAAAGCCGCUUAUAUUGACUGUGAAA